AGUGCGAUAGUUGCUAUGGAUUUCAGAAUCAAAGGAUUUCAGCACUGUAUGUGCUUAAUAUUAUGUACAAUAUAUUUAGUUCAGUGCGUGAGCCUAUAUGAAUUUGAGAAAGUGGGAAAUUUCGCAUACUACAUAGGAGAGGGCGACAAUGCAUCAGUGAUAUUCUAUUGGUUUGAUGCUCGCCAGGAAUGUCGUUCGAACGGCGGACAACUCGUGUCUGUUGUCUCGGAGACGCAAAUGAAUGAUCUGCAGAAGUACAUCAUCGAUCGGAGAUACGCGAACGGAAGUAGAUUUUUCACAUCGGGCCACAGUUUCCACAGUCCAGAGCCUUUCAAAUGGGACGCGUUGCAGGAGUCGGUCGACUACAGCAAAUGGCUGCCAGGCGAAGGCCCAAAAGACAGCAGUUUUCUGAGUCUACAGCUGAUCGAUUCGCAGCUCUUCAUGGUCACAUCAUUGGGCUUCUAUGAGUACUACAUAUGCGAAUAUGAGACACGGCAACAGAAAUUAUGCAAGAUCCUUAAAACCCCCGAUUUUUAUAUUCCUUCGGUGGCAAUUAUUCUUGCAAUUAUAUUAGCCUUAAAAUUAAUAUUAAAGAAUUCAAAAAGAAAAGCAAAAGAGGAUGAACAGGCACUAGUUGGGUCUAAUGAUCCAUCAUAAUAUUGGUAGAUUUACAAACAGAGCUCGCAAAUGAGAGUUGACCGAGUGACACUCGGUGACCGAGUUCAAAUCCCGCGGAAAACUCUUUUUUGGAAAUUACAAAUUUUUGUUAUUUUAGCUUCUUUUAUAUCUUUUAAAUUUUAUAAAAAUGUUUCUUUCCGUAUGAUGAAUACCUAUUAAGCAGGGACCGCAAAUAUGAGCAUU